CCCAGUUAUUCACCGUCGGAUUUUGUUGCAAAGAUGAAUGAAGGAUUGGAAUCUGGGAGAGUUGAGAAUGGGAAGUAUCUGAAGUUUUAUCUUGAGGAGGAGCUACCUAGUCGACUGUAUUAUGUGGCAAGUGACCGUAUUCCUCCCAUAAUAGGGCUGAUUGAGGAGAGUUUUAUGGUAGAGAAGAAAAAGCAACAAGAGUGCGGAGGAGCACAUGGGUACGACAAUGCAUUGUUCUCAAUGAGGACCAUUUUUAUCGGUCAUGGUCCUCAAUUUGCAAGGGGCAAGAAGGUACCAUCUUUCGAGAAUGUUCAGAUAUAUAACUUGGUAACUUCAAUUCUCAAACUAAAGGGUGCUCCGAACGGUUCUUCGGCAUUUCCCUAGUCUGUUCUAUUGCCUAGUCAGCAAUUUUAUCUCCUAAGCAUGUUCAGAACGACAACUGGGAAUACGUCUAUGUCGAGACCGCACAGAAGAAGGAUAUUAGUGAAAUCUGGACCAGUUGAUGUUUGUUCAU